AUGAAAUUCCAGGUUUUCCAUCUCUCGUCCUCUCUUCAAACCACAGUCGUCUUCUUGCUGGUGCUGCUGGUCCAGCCUCCCAGAGGUCUCAUGCUCCCACACCACCCUGUAAUGUACCUGCCCACGCUGGACAACCCUGAGUGGGAAGCUGCAAUGCUCCAGCUGCAGGCUUCACUGGGGGCUCUAUCAGACAGACCGGCGUCGGAGCUCCAGCCCUGGGCUCUGCUUCAGGAGCUGCGACCUGACGAGAUCCUGGAGAGAGUGAAGGAGGAAUUGGGCUGGCCACAGAGGGUGAAGGGACAGAAGAGAGAGGAGCUGGACCGGAGACCAAUCGGGACAUUCCCAGACAACCACAUAGAAACUGUGGCGUAUCCGGAGGGCAUCGAAGAAGAGGGCGGAGAGAAGAGGAACGAGGCACUCACCUCCAUCGCGGGCGGUUUGCAGGCAUUCAAUAGACAGAAAGGAGGAUUCGGCUUCCGAUUUGGCAGAAAGUGAAGGCGUGUGCGCGUGUGUGUGUGU